CGCCGGAGCGGGGCCGGGACUGAGAGCGGGGCCGCCACGUGCUACCCGCGCCAUGGAGCUGGAGGAGCUGGGCAUCCGGGAGGAGUGCGGCGUGUUCGGCUGCAUCGCCUCCGGCGCGUGGCCCACGGAGCUGGACGUGCCCCAUGUGCUCACGCUGGGGCUGGUGGGGUUGCAGCACAGGGGCCAGGAGAGUGCUGGAAUUGUGACAAGUGAUGGAGAGUCAUCCCAGGCAUUCAAAGUGCACAAGGGAAUGGGUCUUAUAAAUCAUGUCUUCAAUGCAGACAGCCUGAAGAAGCUGUACCCUUCAAACCUUGGUAUUGGGCACACAAGAUACUCCACCUCAGGAAUUUCUGAGCUGCAGAACUGCCAGCCUUUUGUCGUAGAGACUCUUCAUGGGAAGAUUGCUGUGGCACACAAUGGGGAGCUAACAAAUGCUGCACUGCUCAGGAGGAAGCUUAUGCGGCAUGGUGUAGGACUGUCGACCAGUUCUGACAGUGAACUGAUCACCCAGCUGCUGGCUUUCACACCUCCUCUAGAAAAUGACGACACAGCUGACUGGGUAGCAAGAAUAAAAAACUUAAUGAAGGAAACUCCAACUUCAUAUUCAUUGCUAAUUAUGCAUAAAGACAUAAUCUAUGCAGUACGUGAUCCAUAUGGGAAUCGCCCGCUCUGCAUUGGUCGCCUUAUUCCAGUAGGGGACAUGAAUGGAAAAGGAAAAGAUAACACUGAAACAGAAGGAUGGGUUGUCUCCUCUGAAUCCUGUAGCUUUCUGUCUAUAGGUGCAGAGUACUAUCGUGAGGUCCUUCCUGGAGAGAUUGUGAAAAUAUCCAGACAUGAUGUCCAGACACUGGAUGUUGUACGAAGACCUGAAGGAGAUCCAUCAGCAUUCUGCAUCUUUGAAUAUGUUUAUUUUGCAAGACCAGACAGUAUAUUUGAAGGUCAGAUGGUGUAUUCAGUCCGGAGAAGAUGUGGACAGCAGCUUGCUAUUGAAGCACCCGUGGAAGCAGACCUGGUCAGCACUGUUCCAGAGUCUGCAACCCCAGCAGCUCUUGGUUAUGCUCAAAAGUGUGGACUACCGUAUGUUGAAGUACUCUGUAAAAAUCGAUAUGUAGGGAGAACGUUUAUCCAGCCAAAUAUGAGGUUACGGCAGCUUGGUGUUGCAAAGAAGUUUGGUGUUCUGUCUGAUAAUUUUAAAGGAAAACGAGUUGUUAUCAUUGAUGAUUCGAUUGUGAGGGGCAAUACCAUUUCACCCAUAAUAAAACUACUGAGAGAAUCAGGAGCAAAAGAGGUGCAUAUCCGUGUGGCUUCACCUCCCAUAAGAUUUCCUUGUUACAUGGGAAUAAACAUUCCAACUAAAGAAGAACUCAUUGCCAACAGACCUGAAUUCCGUGAUCUUGCAAACUAUAUAGGAGCAGACAGUGUUGUCUAUCUUUCUGUGGAAGGGCUGGUAUCAUCUGUGCAAGAAAGCAUCAAAGAACGACAAGAGAACAGCCCUAAAAGCCAGAAGUCAUUAAUUGGAAAGAUUGGUCAUUGCACAGCAUGUCUUACUGGAGAGUAUCCUGUAGAGCUAGAAUGGUGAAUUUUUAGUGGAUGGACAUAAUUUCAUCUGUUGUUGAAUGUACCUUUUUCAGUGAUGCCUUCUUGUUAAAUAGCCUCCUUGCAUUUAGGUAUUACAUUAUUACAGCUAACUAAUGACUGUUACUAAAACACAUGUUUAAGUAAAGAUUUACAGAAAGUCUUAUGUGCUGAUGAAAACAAUGUAAGCAGAGUAAAAUACAAAAUCGUGUAGUUUUGAUGCACAGUUGUGCCUUCCAUUUUCUCACAAAAUGCUAUAAAAACCAAAGUAUUUUUAAUUAUGUAGCAGUCCCAGAGUAUGUUGCCUCAGUCUUGCCCCGAAAGAUAUCCCUGUUAGACUUGUUCACAAAUCAUGAAUUUUGUGGUGUAAUUUCAAAUUAUCUUAAUGCAAAGGCAUCUGAAGUUUGCUUUUCUCCUUAGGAAAAAUACCAGAUUCUGAAGAAUCAAACUGCUUCCUCAGCAGUUCUUGCUUAGGCUUUUUAAGAAUGGAAGUACCUAACUUUUGCAUAUAUACCUAAACAGCCUUUAUUAAUUGAGGCCUUUGUAACAGAUUCUAUGCACAUAAUGUCUAACAUAUAAUUUUAAAAAAUGAAGACUCAGGGAAAUGCUCAGCCAAAAGCUCUCUAGUUUUGUAAUUCUAAAAUUCUUUUUUAGAAGUCCAGUGUAAUUAUAUUACCUUUGUGUGCUUCUAUCAGUUGGCAAUACAACGUGGAAGGAGAAAAAAAAAUACUUGGCACUGCCUUUCUGUUUUACAUCUUGUGUUCUCCAGGAUAAGUCCUGACAAUUUCCUAAGUCUGAGCUAAUGCUCAGUGUGCUUUUCAUGUGUCAACGCCCAAAGCAAAGUAAAAAAAAUAAAUGUAACAGUAAAAAUUAAUUUUAACAGUAAAAACAAGGUAUAUCAAACAAAGACUGAGUUGUUGUAGGAGUAGUCCUAUUUUACUACAUUACUGCUGUUAGAAUAAGUGUAAUGUUUGAAAAAAACAAGUGUUGUGAAGAACCAGUAGCUGUUACAUGCAUUGUAUUCAGUUGAUCACAAUUACACAGUUACUUGUGUACAGGAAGAUCACUUGGACAGUGAACCACUAGAUGAAAAUGGAAAAGCACCUUUUGAAAACUAUUGCAAAUUUACGCACAAUUGUAAAAAUAUUUUGUAUACCUCAUUUUUUUUCACUGAAUACCAGCAACUUAAUUUUAGAUUUUCUACAUAAUAUUGUGUAUUUUGGCCUUAUAAUUGUUUGUGACGCUGUUAAAAAAAAUAAACAGAAAAGUUUGAGAACUUUUUCCUUACCCAUCAUAUUCCAUAUAGUUGAGAAUGGUGAUUAAAUUCAAAAGGGAGUUUUCUUAGGUGGGAUUUGUAGCAAUUGUGCCUGAUAGACAAUCACAACACAAAAGUGCUAGUUAGAAAAAGAAUGUAAAUACAUUUAAUGGAGUCAAAACUGUGUCUUGUGCAGUGGAAUCAGAACCUACUUGCAGUCAAGCCCAUGGGAGAACUCAGAUUUGAUGAGUACUGGGCUUUUACUGUGCAUUCUUUACCAGAGCCCAGGUCUGCAUAUUGGGGGGGAUGUAUGAGGAUCUCUUCUAAUUAGCAAGUUUGUUUCUUUAACAGAAGCAUAACAGUUCAUCUGGACAGCAAAUUGAACAAAACCAGAACAUUUUGGACACUGACCACCCCCUCUUCCAGGGUAACCAGGAAGGAGUAUGAGAAAACAGAAAAACUGUUAGCAACAUUUUUCACUGUUCUUCUUUCCUGCUCCCCAAAAAAGAAGAAAUAUUUUUUAAAAGAAGAGAUAAGUUGAGCCCUUAGGUUAUAAAUACAUGUGAGGAGCCUUUUCUACUUGAGAUAAACACUUAGGUGCACAGUUUAAGAAGGCUGCAAGCAGAAGUUGGUCUGUCUGAAAUUGUCCAUAGGACAGACUGUAAGUGAAACUUGUUCAAAUACUCUUUCAACAUGCUUUCAACAAAACUAUUACUUUUGAAGUCCAAUAAUAAUUUCUUCAAUGUGACUUGAGCAUUGGGUGGCAUAUUCUGAUUUAAAAAAAAAAUGAGUCCUAUUGUCUUUUUCCCCCUCCAUGUUAGACAUGUGAAGUUCUGUCUGCUACUGUGAGCACUGUAAUUUUUUAGAUGCACUACAUGCCGAAUCUUUACUACAUAUUUUUCAAAACCUUAAGUUAAAGGGGAGAUAAUUCUCAAGUGUCAUUUUAUUCUGACAGCUGGAUUUAUGCUUUAGGUUACCAGGCCUUUCUGAUCAUGUACAGCCAACACACACAUACCAGUGAGUAUGCUGAAGGAGAAAACUCUGGCUUUAGGUGUUGCUAUUUGUAUUAAUGUUUUACUGUGAAACCGUUUCUGCUGUAUUACCAAUGUGCAACUAUGCCAAACUUUCACUUGCAGAAUGUGACAAAACAGUGGAUAGUUGAUGUUUAACUUCUCCCCUGCCUAACAUUAAAAAUGGUUGUGAACUGGU